AUGCCUUCAUCAACACAAGGGCACCAGGCCACGUAUGACGAAACUCUGCUGGCAGCGGCGCCAGCGGCGACGAAGAAGCAAAUCCAGGGAGGGUAUAACCCCGAUCUCCUGCAGGAGAAGGUCACUCCAUCAGUAACCCCACCACCACGCAACGUACGCGACGUCGAGGCCCAAUUGCCCUCGCGGGAAGUCAGCAUCACUCCAGCCCCAACCCCAUUCUACCGUACGAAGAAGGGCGUCAUAAUCAUCGCUGUGGUGGCAGCUGUGGUGAUCAUUGCGGCGGUUGUGGGUGGUGCUGUUGGCGGGUCGAAGAAGCAUAAGACCUCAGUGUUGCCAGUUACAACAUCCUCUACUCAUAACCCACAGGGUACAAGUCAAACGGGUGCUGCUGGUGCUACCCAGGAGGGAGGCUCACCAGUCUCGUCGUCGGGUUCAAAUCCUCAAGCCACGGCAUUGCCCACCGUGGUCAGCACCGGCCUACCUACCGUCAUCAGCAUUACUCAGCCUGUCCAAACAACGACGCAAGGCCAAGGCCAAGGCAAAUGAUGAUCGAGACUUGGAGGUGGCAUGCUCAUCCUUAUUGUUACGCUCCGCGUGCAUGAUUGCGAGCAGGUUGGGAGGGGACAGACUGGACAGACUGCGUUUUCACAUUAUUUAAUCAUUUUAUCAAAUCCUUAUCACCAUUUCGUAUUGUAUAUCCUCCAGGUUUUUUGAAAAUUGGAUUGGUAGAGUUUCCGCUC